GAAAGGAAGUGAAGCAAUCGAUCUGUUGAAUGGCUUUGGCUGUUGUUGUAGUUCUGGAAUCUACUAUAAAAACUUUUAUACUUUGAACAUAAUGUCUUGUUCCGACACACAAACAUCCAACAAAACAUGGGAACUAAGUUUGUACGAAUUACACAGAACUCCACAAGAAGUGAUUACAGAUGCUACGGAAAUCGCAGUGUCGCCAAGAAGUUUGCACAGCGAACUGAUGUGCCCAAUUUGUUUGGAUAUGUUAAAAAAUACAAUGACAACCAAAGAAUGUUUGCAUCGCUUUUGUCAAGAAUGCAUUAUUACAGCAUUAAGAAGUGGAAACAAAGAAUGUCCAACUUGUCGGAAAAAACUAAUUUCCAAACGAUCACUUCGUCCAGAUCCUAAUUUUGACAUGCUAAUAUCAAAGAUAUAUCCCAGCCGAGAUGAAUAUGAAGCUUUGCAAGAAAGAGUGUUAGCAUCCUUAAAUAAAAAGCACAAUCAUGCCUUAGCACACAGUAUUGAAGAAGGUAUGAGGAUACAAGCACUCAAUAGAGCACAACGUGUGAGGAAAAACGCUCCUGAGGAACCGAAUGAUACAAAUAAUAACAGUAAUCCACCAACUGCAAUCGCUACUCCAACUGUUAACGAUAGUAUAAUUCCUCCACCUGUUAAUGAAAAUAGUAAUAGUAUGAGUGCGCCUCCUAGCACAAUGACUCCUGUUCCAACGCCUCGACAAACCCCUACUCCUGGAAGUUCUAGUGAUGCCAAUUCCUCACAGCCUGCUCGCAAAAGGUUAAAGACACUUUCAGAAAAUGAAUCAAUAGGAUCAGGUGUAGAUCAGGACAAUGAUAAUGAUCUUGCUGAAGAGAGCACUGAAGGUACUAAUCAAGAUGCUGAAGUGGAAAGUACUUCAGAUAGUACCUCUACUGUAAAUGAAAUAGAGCUUGUUUUCAAACCAUACCCUCAAGAUGACAGUGAGCCUACCUAUGCCCAAGUCCGUUACAUAAAAACCACUGCAAAUGCAACUGUGGAUCACUUGUCCAAGUACUUAGCUAUGAGAUUUGCUUUGGAUAAGCAAGAUGAACUAGGCUCUGAAGCACCUACAGAAAUUUCACCUUUUGCCAUCUAUAUUGCUGUAACUCCAGGGCAGUUCUCUCUCCUGGAUGGGAAUGUUACACUUGAUCAAGUCAAUGAAAAAUUCUGGAAGGUCAACAAACCUCUUGAAAUGUUUUAUGCAAUCAAAAAAACUUAAGAUAUAGGCUUGUAUAGGACUUCUUAGAGACUUAAGCAGAAAAAGAUUUUAUUUCAUUGUAUUAUAUUCCCAUUCAAUUAUGUAUAUAUAACUUUGUUUAGAAAUAACUGAAAAACUGGUAACAUCAUUUUAUUUUUUAAAUUUACAAUAAUAGUGAUUUUUAUAAUUCACAUUUUCGACUUUGUGUUUAUCAAAACGAGCUUCAUUUCAUGCAAAAUUCUUUUCUUUUUUUUUAACUGUUGGUUUUAAAAUUUGUUUCAAUAUUAAUUUUGUUUUCUGCUUUAUAUAAUUCAUUCAUUUCAAAUGAUUUACGUACAUUUAAGAGUCUACAAAAAAAAAAUUUUAAGAGCCUGUAUAUUUUGGAUCAUAAAGUACCAUAAAAAAUUUUUUGCUUUCAUUUCUCUAAAAUAUUAGGCACCAACUAUGAUUUUUAGGUGUUUUGAUGCCAAGGAUUUCUUGAUCCCAAUAUGUAUACAUAUAGUUUCACAUUUGAUUAUCUCAUAUUUAAUUAUUAUUGAAUUUGUUAUAUUGUUAUUGUUUCAAAUAUUGCCAUCUGUAUAGUUAUCAGUUGUAUAUUAUCUUCAUCUUACUCUGUAAAAGGAUUAUAAUCAACACUUUCAGUUUCACAUAACAUUAUAAUGAAAUGUAUUAGUGAUGUAAGUUGUUAAUUUUAACUUAUUCAUAGUAAGUAACACAAAUAUUUGCUUUCAUUUAAAAAAAAUUGGGUCUUUUACAAUAAAAAAAUGUCAUACUAUAUUUCUACUUCUUGUUUUUGUCUCAAUCUAAAGUUGAUUUACAUUUUGUUCUUUAUAUCAAGCAUCUCAAAACUUCGGGAUUUCCCAACUGGACGCCAAUCUGACUUUAUUAGCAUGCAUUGUAUUAAAAUAAAGGAAGAAUUAGAAACUGAAAAA